AGUUGUGUAGAUGACUACGGCCAUUUCAGUCUAGCAUAUGAGCUUUCAACCCGGAAGUAAAUUGUGUUAUUUCAUUUGGAAUACCGUAGUUUACAUAUGAAAAGUCAUUUCGAAUGAUGGAAGACAAAUACUAUAAAACAGGAAAAGUGUACGUUGCAGUGUUUGUGAACAAAAGGAAACUACGCGAAAAUGAGAGUAUAAAAGUGCCAAUCGAACACAGUGACAUGGAAGAUGUUGAUCUCAACAUUAUCAGAAAUCUUUGCAAAACGAAAUUUGGUGUUGAUAUUGAAGAUGAAAUAUUUAGGGACAAUGAUAAGGAUAAAAUUGUAAAAAUCCUGACGGAAUUCUCCGAGACAAAGGCACAGGACUUUAAUUGUUUCCUUUUCUUUUUCCUUGGUGUCAUAGAUGUCUCCCAGGAAUCCACUUCCUCCCUACCCUUUAAAUUUGAUGACGGUUCAUUGCCAAUAGAUGAAAUCUACAACUCUGUCAAAAAGUCUUCACAUAUGGCUGGGAAACCCAAGGUGUUUGUUUUCCAAGCUGGGGACACCCGUCUUCUACCCAAAACAUUCACAACUAAGGCAUUACCAGAUGGUGGAAGAGAAGCCGAGCCAAAGACAAAAAAGAUACCAACUGACGCCGACAUGUUGAUCAUUACAAGCACUAUUCCACAACUUCUGGCAAACACACAGCAUGAGAAAUUUCUGACAUACACCGGAUUUGCCCAAGAAAACACAACUAGCGUGCAACCAAGUGAUGCAGUGAGGGGUUCAUUUUUAAUCCAGGCUUUUGUGGAUUCCGUUCUGGAUGAAAGCAAUAGAGAUGUUGAUAUUCUUACCCUGACCGCAAAGAUAAAUGGUAAAAUAGAAGAUUUGAUUGAAGAUGUCAAGAAAGACGAAAGAUUUGCUGAAAAAAUAUAUCAACAAACUUUAGAAAAACUUGAGCUGCCGCUCACGACGUCAACGUUAACAAAGCUCGUUGUGUUUAAAAAGUAGAGACCUUAUUUCAGAAGAUAUUUUGGUUUUAAGACUUGCAUUUUGCGUUUGCAUAAAUCAAACAUGUUAUUAAAUUUAAAUAGAACUAUAUACGAAGCUAUACACUGUAAAAAACAAGUAUGGAACCUCGAGUUCUUUAGCCUCGACAUGGAAUUGGAAAAACAUCAAGGUGAAGGGCAUCAACACAGGGACUAUAUUUUGCAGUGCACUUUUAAAUAUGUAAAUAAAUAGUUCAAUCAACGGAGGAUUCUCCUCGUGGCGGAUUGGUUCAUCUAGAUAUGGACGCCUGGAAAUGUUAUAUUACACAUGCUAUCGACUGUUUCAUUGAACGAUAUUUCGUAUAAUCAUUUUUAUGGUAUUAAUGAUUGCCCUAUUUUUAUUCAAAGCUUGUGAUUCUUUAUCUCUUUAUCCAUACGAUACCUUGGAUAAUACAUACAUGAAAUUUUAUUUCAACAUAAAAUAAUUUAUGACAUUGUUCAAGUAUAAGUUUCGCGGGUUUAACCAUUUCAGCAGUUAUCUAUUGAAUAAAUUAUUGCCUCAGCUAAGCGCCCUUUAGCGUAAUCUCAAGUAUUACUUAACAACUAAUCGCUAUGUCUGGUAAGCCACUUCUGAUAAGAAAUUAGCGUUUCCGCCAGACUCGUCAUUUCUUUUUAAAUUUUCUUAAAACUCACCGCCUCCAUCUCCACCACCUCCUUCUACGUAUUGUCUGCCAGUUUAACAGGUCAACGAUUGAACUGAUGUUACUAUAUUCGUUUCAUUCAAGGAAUGAACUGAUGCUUGUACUUCGUUCGGUUUUAUUAGGCUCUAUUUUGAAGGUACAACACAUUGUUUUAAACCAUUAUUUUUUUUCAUCGUAUUUUCUUACCAUAUGUUUUGUUACAAUGUCCUGAAUCCUAAUCUUCAUAAAUAUUUUUUAGGUUCUCCCCCUUUUUUACAUUAUAACCUACUUUUGAACUGGCGGAUUGAUCCACCCAAACAUGUAUUUCGGGAGAUGUUAUAUUACACAUGUUAUCGACUCUUCAUUUUAUAUUUAGUAUAAACAAGUUUAUGACAUUAAUAAAUGUCAAAUGUUCA